AUGACUUCCGAUAUUGAAAUUCUUCACAAAACUUUAGUAACUCUUGCUAUCUACGCUGAAGAUUCAGAAAAGGAUUUUUUCUCAAACGAUGUUGAUAUUAAAUCUUUUUCUCAAAUGUUUGGCUAUACUCUUUCUGAAGAGAAUAUCGAUGAAGCAAUUGAACAACGUCAAAAUGAAAAGGCAACAGCUAAUAGCGAAAUUACCUUCAAUGAAAAUAACAAGAAAUUAUCAGGACAUAUACUAAUCCCAUUGUUUAAAU